AUGAGCACUGCGAUAGAUGUCGAGGAUGACUUUAGGGACCUUAGUCCUGCCGCUCGUACUGAGGCGACGGCUAGUCUGCUCUCACAAUUCGCCGAUCGCAUGCUUGAUAACAAUAAACGCAUCUUUGACAGGGUAUUGGACAUGAUUGCCGAAACAGAAGGCGACGAAAAGCUGCACCUGGAUAUGCUGGCAACGCAUUUGGCGAUGGAAACUUCGGAGGUCGUCGACGUUAAAUCAUGGAACAACACUGAAAUCACCAGUUUAAGCGACUACAAAGCUUGGUCCCGCCUCGGUCACGAUUCAGGCCUUUGUCCGUGGAAGCACGGCUCGAGCGAAUAUAUCACAACAUUCUUAGGGUACUUGCAGAAAGCUAUAUGCGAAAAUGCAUCUAGAGAUUUGCUGGCCGAUGCAGCAGAAACACUCGAGCUGCCAAUUGAUUUCUGCGAGUUUCUCAAGCAUACCGCCGGCGUUGUCUAUCCAAACCUGGAUCGCCAGAUGUUCGUUUGCAGUUUUGGAACCAACACAUACGACAUCCAAGGGCAGGCCCAGCCUCUAGACAAAAUAUGCAGGGUUGCCGGUCCGGAUGGUUUCACAGUGGCUGCUGGCUGGGCGGCUGGUGACAAUGAUCGAAGCUGUUGGAUACAUUAUCUCCUGUGCAGACGAGUUACGGAGCCGGAUGGGCCAUGGCGAUGGAGAAUCUUCAUUAACAACAUCGAUUUCCACGAUCGCGGCUAUUACGAAAGUCUUCGUGACUUUCUCAGUUGGUAUUGCAACGCAUACGACUGGGUUGAUUGGGAAGCUGUACAGCAAGGCAUAGCUACUCUGCACCAAGAGUGUAAGGAGGCCUUAGAGGAAGAGGAAGAUGAAGAACAGACUUCAGAAGAAGAGACUGAAGAACAAACGUCAGACGAAGAAUCUGAUUGA